GUUUUGGGCUGAGGACAUACACGAGGCUCUGAAAUACUUUGCUUAAUGGUUAUUUAUACAUUUUUUGUCCUAUUGAUGCUUGACUUUACUUUAUGCAGUUUUUUCACCUAGGGACUACAUUAUCCAGCACUCCAACCCUGUGUUGCAUGGACGAAAGGUGUCUAUAUUGUUAAGUGCAAACGUUUGCGUGUGUAAAGUCGUCAAAAUUGAACGAAUACAUCUUCGAACCCGGAGAAAAGCUUCUAAAGCUCUCCAAAAUAUAGAGAUGGUGAUGGCGAAUAGAAAUUCGGAGGAUUUUCGCAAUGGUCGUCGUUCGCGAGGUGCGAGCCCUCAUUCUGACGAUAGCAGCGGGGACGAUUCUGAUCAUGAAAAUGGAAUGCGAAUUGGAGAGGAAUACCAAGCUGUUGUUCCGGAUAUGUGUCCAGAGAUGCGGACAGAAUCUAGAAUUGAAGCCAUGUUGGUGUGGGCACCUACUGGAGACUUGCCUGAAAUAAAAGUUGAUGAAUACAUCAACAUUGCCAAAGAAAAGCACGGCUACAACACAGAACAGGCCCUCGGCAUGCUGUUCUGGCACAAACACAAUGUUGAGAGGGCUCUCUCCGAUCUGGCAAACUUCACACCCUUUCCUGAUGAAUGGACAGUAGAAGACAAAGUACUUUUUGAGCAAGCAUUUAGUUUUCAUGGGAAAAGUUUUCAUCGGAUACGGCAGAUGCUGCCUGACAAGUCUAUAGCCAGUCUGGUGAAAUACUAUUACUCAUGGAAGAAGACACGGUCACGAACCAGUCUAAUGGAUCGCCAGGCGAAGAAGCUAGCCAGUCAGAGGGAUGGGGACAGUGAUGCAUCUGACGAAGGCAGUAAGAGUGACAGUGAAACAGAUAACAAAGAGAAUGGGAAAGUAGAGAAGGAUCACUGUGGGAACUGCAAGCUGAAGACCUCCCAGCUGCAUGUGACGCCGAAGGGCUCACUGUGUAACAUAUGCUAUCAAUAUUGGAGACGUUCAGGUGUGAUGAGGCCACAAGGUUUAAAACGGCAUGAAAGUCAACACACAGGCCGAGCACAUCCACUGAAACACAAGCGGAAGCCUCCUCGAGGGAUGCAUCUGACAUAUGAUGAUCUGAUGUCGAUGGUCAACGGACCAGCACCCCAAGCAGAGGCUGUACUCAAGUCACUAGAUUCGGAGCUUGUCGCACUCAAACGACAGGUAACAAUCGUACAGAACAACAAACAGAUGUUAAGUUUACAAAAGCACAAACUGUCAGAUGGAAUAGACAAGUUCAAAUCUCAAGAGCUCAAUCAGAAGAUCAAUGCAAGAUGGACAAAUGAGGAAUUACUACUUGCUGUACAAGGAGUGAGGAAGUAUGGCAAGGAUUUCAAAGCAAUAGCUGAAGUAAUUGGGAACAAACUAGAAGCACAUGUUCGUAGUUUCUUCGUGAAUUUCCGGAGGCGCUACAACCUGGAUGAAGUGUUGGCAGAAUAUGAAGCUGAGCAUGGGAUGGAGAGUACCACCAACAUAGAGGAAGAGGAGAAAGAACCAGAAAAGAUGGAUGUGGAUAAGCCAGUAGAAGCUGCCCAAUCAAAUGGUGGAACCAUAAACAACACAGCGUCAUCUGGAGCCCCACCCCCUCUAUUGAAGCAGCCUCCACCAGCAGCGGUACCAGUUGUCAAUAACCGCAACUCCCCACAGUCACAGACUCACAGGUUACUUCCUCAGAAGGCCACUAUAUUACAACAGCCCCCACCAUUGAUCCGCCCUGCCUCCAGCAAGCCAAGCAUCAUGACUCCAUCUUCCGGAUCCUCCCGAGAUUGAACUUCAUCCUCAACAGAAUAUUUCUAGCUCACAAGUCCUGGCUGAACUGAAUUCCACAUGAUUGCCUGUCAUCCAUCUCUUAACUGACAUGCUCAAUCAAGUGUGCUAAAAUUUGACAUGGAGACAGUUCAAACAUAACUGUCAACUUCAGUUCAAAAGGAUGCCUUAGAAAAACAACAGCAUUGCUGACGUUAUCAGCUUUACUUUGACACAUUAGUGGACAUAUUGCAGUCAGGCUGAUCUUCUGGGUCUUAUUUCAUCUAUAUGAGCAGCAAUCUCUAUGAAAGAGGUGAGCUGUAAUGGAUUUACCAACAAUGCAUAUACUCAGCUGACACACCAUUGACUGUACUGUACAUACACAGGUGAUGUUAACUGUGGUACAGAUGGUGGUACUUACCUGUAUGAUGAAUUUGUGAUGUGAGCAAGUCUCUCACUAUGAUGAGGUUCCACAUUCCUAGUCUUGUUGAUAUCUUCUUGAGCUAACAAUGUUUCUUGUCACUAGUGGUGUUUUGAUUACAUAACCUGGUUCAUGGUUACCUCAGUUUUCAUCAUUUUUCUGAUUGCAGGUCAGUUUUUGUAUUUGUAGUACUAAGUUACUAAUGAAUUAUUCCUUGUCAACUGAUGUGUCAUUUUAAGAAAUGGUGCAGUUCAUAUCGGUUGUAAAUUUGUAUAUUACCCAAAGUUCUUGGUUAAAUCUCUUUUAACAUUACUUUGGGGUCAUUUCGGGGGGUAUUUUUUGUGUGGAAACACCAAAAUGGUCAUGAAAAUUAUUUUUAAAUAUGUGAACAUUUAGAAGCACCUACAAUUGUAUGACAGAUGUCUACAAGUUACAUUGCUGUGAAGUUGAAUUAACACUUUGCUACACUGUAUUUUUAUGAACAUGUGUAUAGCUUGUAGUCAAGUACUUAAUUCAAGUACAACAUAAUUUGCUCAAGAUUUAGUCGAAAUCACCCUAGAAAACCUGGCAGUAAUGCACGAAUCACUAAGUGUUGAGGUAGCCAAGCAGUAAAAGAUAUGCUUAUCACGCUGAACAUCAAAGUCAAUUCCCCACAGGGGUAUUGGAAAUGGUGUGAUAUUGCUGUACUAUUACCAUCCUCGAUAGUCUCCAGGGUAUACGUUCUGAUAUAUCUCCACUAGUACCCUGGAUGCAUAUACGACUCAGUCCGACAAUUUUGCUGGCAUUUUAUCCAAUCAGGUGUCUACACUGGGAAGUUGAGCGUACCAAUCACAUGGCUUCUGUCACAACUCACUUUCACUUCUUUUAUCUAAUGGAUUAAACUUCUCAACAGUUGUUGCAGAGGUAUUCUGAAAGAGGCAGGAGUUCUUGCAUAUAUAUUUUUAAGGUUUCAGACCUGUCAAUUUGUCUGCAUGAGUUUUCCCCUAAAUCUGAGUUGCACAGCGAGCAAACACUCGUAGAUGCGGCGGCUAUCUUUGUUGACACUGGCAAGCUCGGUUGUAAUGGCUAAUCUGAUUGGCUACUGUGAGUAGGUGGACCCAGCAAAGGGAGGUAAUAAAAUUAUUGGGCAAGCCGUAGAUGCAUCCAGGGUACUAGUGGAGAUUUAUCUGAACAUAUACCCAGGAGAUUAUUGAGGAUGUACUGUUACUGAAAAUGGUAUGAAACCUGUUUACUGUCAUUCUUCAUCUUGUCCAUGUCUUCAUCUUCCAGCGUUAGUAUGAUAGUGUUGUAUGCUGCAGUUCACUAAACGUAUUGUCCUGCCAAGCAGUGUAUUGUGUGCCUGUGUUGAAUGUUAAAGGGUAAAACUCCCAGUCACAUCUCAUCUCGUGUCAUCAUUGUAUAUAUCGAACAAUUUAAGUUAUUGAAAUUCAGAUUAAGCAUUGAAGAUGUUGAAUAUUGAUUUUCUAACAUGUUUAGUUAAUAGUGAACAGAUUUUUGCAUUUUAUACCAUUGAACUCUUUUUUUUUUUUUUGAAAGUGAUGUUUUGUAAUAAUUUGAGUAAAAGGGACUGUUGAUGUCAGUCUGAGAUACUUGUUUCAAAACAUCAAAAUUGUCAUGCAAUAAAAUUUGUGUAUAAAA